GCCGCUGCCGCCUCCGCGGGGCUCAGCCCGCCCGGCAGCGAAGGAAGGCAGGAGGAGCCCCCCGGGGGAGGGGCUGGCGCUGGGUGCAGCCCGGCUGCCGGGCGCGGGCAGCGGAGCGAUGGCGGCGCGGAGAGCCCGGCGGCUCCUCGGCUCCCUCUGCAUCGCCCUUGUCCUGGCGCAGCCCGCGCCCGCCGCGCGGAGCGGCUCCCGGAGUCCCCUCACGGGGGCACUCGUGAGGACCUUCACUCCGUUUUACUUCCUGGAGGAGCCUCAGGACGUGCUGUCGGUGCGGGGGGCGCCGGUGGUGAUGAACUGCUCGGCCUACUGCGACACGGCCCCCAGGAUCGAGUGGAAGAAGGACGGCACCUUCCUCAACCUGGUGUCCGACGACCGGCGGCAGCUGCUGCCCGACGGGUCCCUGCUGAUCAGCAGCGUGGUGCAUUCCAAGCACAACAAACCCGACGAGGGGCACUACCAGUGCGUGGCCACCGUGGACAGCCUGGGCACCAUCGUCAGCAGGACGGCAAAGCUCACCGUGGCAGGUCUUCCCCGGUUCACGAGCCAGCCCGAGCCCACGGUGGUGCCGCGAGGCAGCAGUGCGGUGCUGAGCUGCGAGGCCAACGCCGACCUGGCUCCGUUCGUGCGCUGGGAGCAGGACCGGCAGCCAGUGCCGCUGGACCAGCGGGUGCUGCAGUUGCCCAGCGGGGCCCUGGUGAUCAGCAACGCCUCCGACAGUGACCAAGGGCUGUACCGCUGCCUCCUCGAGGGCUCCGCCGCCCCCAAGUACAGCGACGAGGCCGAGCUCCGAGUGCUGCCAGAGCCCGAGGAGCCGCAGCCUCUGACGUUCCUGAGGCAGCCGUCGUCCCUGUCCAGGCUGAGCGGGCAGAGCGCCCUGUUCCCCUGCGUGGCCACAGGAUUCCCAACUCCCUCCAUCAGGUGGACAAGAAACGAGGAAGAGCUGCUCACAGAAGGGUCCGGGCGGUUCCAGCUGCUGGCCGGGGGCUCGCUGGAGAUCCGGGACGUGGGCGAGGGGGACGCCGGGACCUUCACCUGCAUCGCCGAGAGCGGCAACGACACCGCGGCGGCCCAGGCAGAGCUCACGGUCCAAGUUCCCCCCGAGUUCCUGAAGCGACCUGCCAACAUCUACGCCCACGAGUCCAUGGACAUUGUGUUCGAGUGUGAGGUGACCGGGAAACCCACCCCCACCGUGAAGUGGGUCAAGAACGGAGACGUGGUGAUCCCCAGUGACUAUUUCAAAAUUGUGAAAGAACAUAACCUGCAAGUUUUGGGCCUGGUGAAGUCUGAUGAAGGAUUCUAUCAGUGCAUAGCAGAAAAUGAUGUUGGGAAUGCCCAGGCUGGAGCCCAGCUGAUAAUCCUGGACCUUGCACCAGCCACAGCAGGACCCCUGCCCUCGGCCCCGCGGGACGUCGUGGCCACCCUCGUGUCCACCCGCUUCAUCAGGCUCACCUGGAGGCCACCAGUGUCAGACCCUCAGGGGGACAACCUCACCUACUCCAUCUUCUACACCAAGGAAGGGAUCAACAGGGAACGCGUUGAAAACACGAGUCGUCCCGGAGAGACACAAGUGAUGAUCCAAAACCUGAUGCCGGAGACAGUUUACGUGUUCCGAGUUGUGGCUCAGAACAGGCACGGCCCCGGGGAGAGCUCGGCUCCGCUCAAGGUGGCAACGCAGCCCGAGGUCCAGCUGCCCGGCCCGGCUCCCAACAUCCGUGCGUAUUCCAGCUCCCCCACCUCCGUCACCGUCACCUGGGAGACGCCGCUCUCGGGCAACGGGGACAUCCAGAACUACAAACUCUACUACAUGGAGAAGGGGCAGGACACCGAGCAGGACGUGGAUGUGGCAGGGCUGUCCCACACGGUCACUGGGCUGAAGAAGUUCACCGAGUACACCUUUCGGGUGGUCGCCUACAACAAGCACGGCCCCGGCGUCUCCACCCACGACGUCGUCGUCCGCACCCUCUCAGACGUCCCCAGUGCUCCACCACAGAAUCUGACGCUGGAGGUGCGGAAUUCCAAGAGCAUCCUGCUGCAGUGGCAGCCCCCUCCCGCAGGGACCCACAGCGGGCAAAUCACCGGCUACAAAAUCCGCUACCGGAAGGUUUCGCGCAAGAGCGACGUCACCGAGAGCGUCGGGGGCACCCAGCUGUCCCAGCUCAUCGAGGGGCUGGAGCGAGGCACCGAGUACAGCUUCCGAGUGGCUGCCAUGACCGUGAACGGCACCGGCCCUGCCACCGACUGGGUGUCAGCAGAGACCUUCGAGAGCGACCUGGACGAAACUCGUGUUCCUGAGGUUCCAAGCUCCCUGCACGUCCGUCCCCUGGUCACCAGCAUCGUGGUGAGCUGGACCCCCCCGGAGAACCAGAACGUGGUGGUGAGGGGCUACGCCAUCGGCUACGGCAUCGGCUCCCCCCACGCCCAGACCAUCAAGGUGGACUACAAACAGAGAUACUACACCAUCGAGAACCUGGACCCGAGCUCCCACUAUGUGAUCACCCUGAAAGCCUUUAACAACGUGGGGGAAGGGAUCCCUCUGUACGAGAGCGCCGUGACCCGGCCCCACUCUGACACUUCCGAGGUUGAUUUGUUUGUUAUUAAUGCUCCAUACACUCCAGUGCCAGACCCGUCUCCCAUGAUGCCCCCGGUGGGAGUUCAGGCUUCCAUCCUGAGCCACGACACCAUCCGGAUCACGUGGGCAGACAACUCUCUGCCCAAGAACCAGAAGAUCACGGACGCUCGGUACUACACAGUGCGCUGGAAAACCAACAUCCCGGCCAACACCAAGUACAAGACUGCCAAUGCCACCACCCUGAGCUAUUUGGUGACGGGGCUGAAGCCCAACACCCUGUACGAGUUCUCGGUGAUGGUGACCAAGGGGCGCAGAUCCAGCACCUGGAGCAUGACAGCACAUGGCACCACCUUCGAACUAGUGCCCACCUCCCCUCCCAAGGACGUGACCGUGGUGAGCAAGGAGGGCAAACCCCGCACCAUCAUCGUGAACUGGCAGCCCCCCUCGGAGGCCAACGGCAAGAUCACAGGAUACAUCAUCUACUACAGCACGGACGUCAACGCCGAGAUCCACGACUGGGUCAUCGAGCCGGUGGUGGGGAACAGGCUGACCCACCAGAUCCAGGAGCUCACCCUGGACACGCCCUAUUACUUCAAAAUCCAGGCCCGCAACUCCAAGGGAAUGGGGCCCAUGUCUGAGGCCGUGCAGUUCAGAACCCCCAAAGCUGAGUCCUCAGAUAAAAUGCCCAAUGACCAAGCCUCAGGAUCUGCAGGGAAGGGAAGUCGCCCAGUGGACUUGGGACCCGACUACAAACCCCCUCUUGGAGGCAGUAACAGUCCCCAUGGAAGUCCCACCUCUCCCCUGGACAGCAACAUGCUGCUGGUGAUCAUCGUGUCCGUGGGGGUGAUCACCAUCGUGAUCGUGGUGAUCGUCGCCGUCUUCUGCACCCGCCGCACGACCUCGCACCAGAAAAAGAAACGAGCUGCCUGCAAAUCAGUGAACGGCUCCCACAAGUACAAAGGGAACUCCAAAGAUGUCAAGCCUCCUGACCUUUGGAUCCAUCAUGAGAGACUGGAGCUCAAACCCAUCGAUAAGUCUCCAGAUCCCAAUCCCAUCAUGACAGACACCCCAAUCCCUCGCAACUCCCAAGACAUCACCCCAGUUGACAAUUCCAUGGACAGCAAUAUCCAUCAGAGGCGGAAUUCCUACAGAGGACACGAGUCCGAGGACAGCAUGUCCACGCUGGCAGGAAGGAGGGGGAUGAGGCCCAAGAUGAUGAUGCCUUUUGAUUCUCAACCACCUCAGCCUGUGAUUAGUGCUCAUCCCAUCCAUUCACUCGAUAACCCCCACCACCAUUUCCACUCCGGCAGCCUCGCCUCUCCAACCCGCAGCUACCUCCACCACCAGCCCAGCCCCUGGCCCCUGGGCACAGCCUUGUCCCACUCAGACAGGGCCAAUUCCACAGAGUCCGUCCGGAACACGCCCAGCACGGACACGCUGCCGGCGCCCUCGGCCCCGCCCGGCACCGACCACCAGGACGCCGAGGGCUCCACGGGCUCCUACCUGGGCAGUGCCCAGGAGGAGGACCCUGCCCAGGGCCUGCCCACCGCCCACGUCCGCCCCUCGCACCCGCUCAAGAGCUUCGCGGUGCCCGCCGUGCCCCCAGCUGGGGCCUCCUACGACCCCGCCCUGCCCAGCACCCCCCUGCUGACCCAGCAAGCUCCCCCCCACCCCGUCCACGCGGUGAAGACUGCGUCCAUCGGGACUUUGGGAAGGACUCGCCCUCCCAUGCCCGUGGUCGUUCCCAGUGCCCCCGACGUGCAGGAGACCACCCGGAUGCUGGAGGACUCGGAAAGCACCUACGAGCCGGAUGAGCUGACCAAAGAGAUGGCCCACCUGGAAGGACUGAUGAAGGACCUCAAUGCCAUCACCACGGCGUGACCACCUCCCCGGGACAUGACUCCAAACCGCUCCGCAAGUCGUGGGACUCAGCCUUGGAACACAAGGAAUUGUACAGAGGGAAAAAAAAAAAAAAGAAAAAAAGGAAAAAAAAAAAAAGAGGAAAAAAACAAACAAACAACAAACCAGAAAGAGGGACAGCACGUGAGAGCAACGUGGGAAGGAGAGGAACCAACCAGAGGGGACCUGUGUGUCACCGUCCUGCAGCGAAGUCACGGCCCAGGGAAUUCCUGGGGGCUGGGCAGGAUGGGACACACCAGGCUGGACUCCAGACACAAGGAAAGCGAACGGACUCGCCGUUAGUUUUGUUCUGGUCAGGUUUUGUCUCAGUGGUGUGAUUGCCCUGCCUUUUCAGUGUUGGACAUUGGCAUUUAUGUACAAUUUUAUUUGUGUUUUUAUUUUAUCUUUUUUUAUAAAAAGGAAAAAAAUAUUGUAAUAAAAAAAAAAAGGGAGAAACUGUUGUUUUCCACAGCCUAGGCUGAGGUUUGACUGCUUGUUCUAUUGUGUAUGGAAAUUCAUUGCCAGUGUGGGUUGUUCUGUUUUGUUUUUUAUUCUGCGUAUAAUUACGUCCCCUUCUGGCAGUUAAUCCAUGGCCUUUUGGGAUGCUGCACUGCUCUUUGUAAGCUUUUUUUAUUAUUUUUAUAUUAUAAUUAUUAAAAGCCUGACUUUCUCCUCUCA